CUCAAACACUCCUGCGGGGAUUCCAUUACAUAUACGCCCUUUGAACUGUUGCCAAUACCUUCAUUUUGCUUGCCAUCAUGCUCGCUCGUCAGACUUUCCGCUGUGCUCGGCCAUUGAGCCAGAGCUUCCGCCCGUAUUCCACCGAGGCACCCAAGCGCAAGUCGCUGGCCCCCUUGUACCUGACCGUCGGUCUGGCGGGUCUCGGUGUCGGUCUGUACCGCUAUAGCUCCGACUCGGCCACUGCGCAGGCCCCCAAGCAGCGCGAGAGCACCUUCACUGGUGGUGACCAGGGAUGGGUCGACCUGAAGCUGUCGGAGAUCGAGGUGUUGAACCAUAACACCAAGCGACUGCGUUUCGAGCUUCCUGACAAGGAGGCCGUUUCGGGCAUGCACGUUGCCUCGGCCCUCCUGACCAAGUUCACCCCUGCCGAUGGUGGAAAGCCUGUCAUCCGUCCUUACACUCCUACUAGCGAUGAAGAUCAACCCGGCUACAUGGACCUGGUGGUCAAGGUGUACCCGAACGGCCCGAUGUCUGAGCACAUGCACAACAUGGCCGUGGACCAGCAGCUGAGCUUCAAGGGCCCGCUGCCCAAGUACAAGUGGGAGGCGAACAAGCACGACCACAUCUGCCUGAUUGCGGGCGGCACGGGUAUCACCCCUAUGUACCAGCUGGCGCGGGCGAUCUUCAAGAACCCCGAGGACAAGACCAAGGUGACGCUGGUGUUUGGCAACGUGUCGGAGGAGGACAUCCUGCUGAAGAAGGAGCUGAACGAGCUGGAGAACACGUACCCGCAGCGCUUCAAGGCCUUCUACGUGCUGGACAAGCCGCCCAAGGAGUGGGUCGGCGGCAAGGGCUUCAUCACUAAGGAGCUGCUCAAGACUGUCCUCCCGGAGCCCAAGGAGGAGAACAUCAAGAUCUUUGUCUGCGGCCCCCCUGGCCUGUACAAGGCCAUCAGCGGCGCCAAGGUCAGCCCCAAGGACCAGGGCGAGCUCACCGGUAUCCUCAAGGAACUGGGCUAUGACAAGGAGCAGGUGUUCAAGUUUUAGACAUGUCCCUUGUAUUAUAGAGAUUCAACUACUUUACAAUCUGC